AUGACUUCCAAACGCGACCACACAGAUCUCGACGAGGGCGAAAUCUCCGACCCAACGCCCAAACGCGCACGCGGCAACCACAACUCCAGAUCGCGACAGAACCACCACCAGCAGUCAAGCAUAGACCCGACAUCAGGCCAGCGCUACGUCUUCUCCAGCUAUGCCUCGCGCACCACCAUUCCCGAGGGCGAAGAGUCCGACUUUGAGGACGAUGCCGAGGCCAUGGCGUAUCUGCGCUCCGUGAGGAAGCAAGCUGAAUCCAUACCGCACAUCCUUCGUGCCCCUAAAGUCCAGAUCGGACCGCGAUUACCGGCUGAUCUACAAACGAACGAGGACGACGACGGAGACGACGACGACUACGCGCAAAACUCUCACGAGGACUACGUAGAUGAUUCGAAAGGCUGGUACGAGGACGGCGCCUACAUUGGUGCACCCGACUUGGAUCCAGAGGAUGCGCCGGCACUUGAAGAGGACGCAGCGUCCGAGGUAGCCAUACACGACGCCUACUUUACCUCUCUUCUUGCGCAAUACCACAAGAUGCGAUCGCUCCUCGGCAGCGAACCAUCCGUCGAUGCUCUGUCUCGCCUACCCCCGUCUCUCGUCCUCGAGGCUGGACCCCUGGGUCGAGGCUCAACAACCAUACCUGUGUGGUCCAAGCUUCUGCGCGCCACCGAUCCGCACCCCGUCCAAAUGCAUAUCCUCACCAAAGACUCCAUACUGAGCAUACUGCGUGUCAUGCUGGGCGGCAAGUUUCUGCAGAACGGGUACAACAUUGAGGAGCGCACGAGUCGCUGGCUGUGGGCUCUCCUGGCCCGCUUGCCAGAGAGGGGAGAGCUAGACUAUGCUGAGAUUGGCUGUCUGCGCGAUCUUGGAAAGCGAGCCGUGCUCCUGGGACGCAGCCUGGUGGAGAUGGCAGCGUUACGGGACGAGCUUGACGAGGGCCAGUUGGGCGUUCACGAGAACCUCGACAACAGCAGCGACGAAGAAGAGGGUGGCGCUGCCCAGCAAGGCUCUCACAAGACAAAGGAGCGAACAACUCCAGAUCUUGAAGACGCUGCGCAAGAAUACCCCGCACCCCAGAAACCAUCCGGGGGAGAGCGUCCAGAGAGCGAGCAUGAAGAUGGUGAAGUAUCGGAAGAAGACGAAGACGUCGCCAUGGACAUUGGCUCCAACUCUUCAGACGAGGAGGAAGGUCAGAUUGACGAGACCAUGGACGACGUCAAGGCCCGCCUCCUCGCACAACUCGACGCGGACGCGGAACAGGAAGACCAACCGUCCCCAGAGGAAGCGGCCAAACUGCGUCUGCGGAUGAACAUGCGCGCUACGCUCAACAUGAUACUGACAGUCGUGGGUGAGUUCUACGGACAACGUGAUCUUCUCGAGUUUCGGGAACCCUUUGUGGGGAUGUAA